AUGAACCGUUGGCCUCGACUUGCGAUUUCACACCUUUCCACGCCUGGACCGAAGCUGUACAAAACUAUAGCCACAAAGCAGGAGAGAGGUGAGAUUGACACGUUGGAGAAGCUUUGCAAUGAACUUUGCAGCCUACCGCUGCUUUUUCAGCCUGGAAGUGAUUAUGCUUAUGGGAUGAGUCUCGAUGUUCUCGGCCAUGUCAUGCAGCUGGCGACCGGCAAGCCGUUGCGACGCAUCAUUCAAAGUCGCGUUCUUGAACCAGUGGGCAUGCGAGAUUCUUGCUUCCUCGUGCCUGCUUCCAAGCUACACCAACUCGCCACCUACUACCGCCUGAUGCGUGAUCCAGUAAAAGGCAAGCGAUGGCUGCAGCGGUUGGAUGGAUCGAAAGCAAGAGACAGUAUGUACGCAAAAGGGUCACGCGCUGUUUAUCGCUCCCUUGGAGUGCCAACCGGCGUGCCUGCUGGCGGAGGUUUGUGGGGCGCUGGGCGCUCGACUAUGCUUUUCUCGCUCAGAGAUAUUCUGCUGUAUUGCCAGAUGCUAUUGAAUAGUGGACGAUCUGUGUCUGGACGCCGUGUUCUCAAAGAAUCUACAGUUCGCUCAUUGCAGACAGACUGGCUACGUUUGAAGCGAGCUUCCAAGAUUCGAGAUCCGCCAGGUUGGGGCAGUCCAGAUGUCGGGUGGUCACCAUUGGGCAACAUUGAACGGUAUGGUCCUCACGCUGGCGCUCUCUACAUGGGAGGCAUGAGUUAUUUCUGGCUUGACCCGGCUCGAAAGAUUGCGGCUGCCAUCAUGACAGAGACCUAUUGGCAAGUGAACCCGCUGGGUUGGAAAGAGGACAUGGAUGACUUGGAUCAGGUCCUUCAACAUGCAGCCAAGGCUCGAGUGAAGAGACGGCAAAGCGGAGGGCAGAGCCCUCAAAAGCGGAAAAAAAUGACAUAA